UGGACACACAGAUCACUGUAGCCGACGACCUGGCAUGUUCGCUGCCAGUGGUUGGUGCUCAGUAUGUACUUAAAAAUGAAUCAGAUCUUGAAGAUCAAAAGUAACAGUACUGGUGGAAUGGCCAAAGUGGUAAGAGUGCCUGCCUAGCAAGCAUGAGGCCCUGAGUUCAACCCCAAUGCUGCCAAAAAAUAAUAAAAGCUGAUGGAAAGAACUGUCCUGAACCAUGGUGUUUCAGAGAGACUGAAUCUGGCUGCGCAGCACCAGGUGGCAGCUAGGCACUAGGUGGAAGGCAUCUGUCAUCUCCCGUGCUCAGCUGGCGGGACUCCCUGUCGUCUACGCGCGGUGCUAUCUCGGGCUGUUAUUGGCUGCUCAACUCAAGUGUGUUUAUUGGUGCUUCUCAAAGAGGUGGGCGGGCAUUUUGUUGCUGAGUCUUGGGAUUCAUUGGUUAUUGUUUCUGUCCAUCACGCGGUGUCAGCUUUCCCCUGGUUUUUGUUGGCUGAAAGGAUUUGAAGGCGUAGUUUGGCGGUCGCCUUGACAUGGCAGACGCCGGAAGCUGGCGGCCGCCGCGGGCCUGCGAGACCUACCGCGCGGAGUGGAAGCUCUGCAGCAGCGCCAGGCACUUCCUGCAUCACUACUACGUCUACGGCGAGCGGCCGGCCUGCGAGCAGUGGCUGCGCGACCUGGCGAGCUGUCGCGACUGGGAAGAGCGCCGGAGCGCCCAGGCUCAGCAAUCCCUCUGUGAGAGCGAGCGGGCACGCAUCCAGGCUGCACUGAAGCACCCUCUGGUGUGGACCCUGAGGCAGAAGCCCCCCGAAGACUGGCACCACCCUCUACCACAGGAGGAGAAGGAUGAGUGACAAAGGACCAGCACCCCUGUCCUUGCCUGUGUGGCUUCCUUGAGUCUGUUUCUUGUGGGACCAAUACACAGCCCUAAAGACUGUAACUAGCCUCAAACACUGAGGUCCCUCUGAGCUUCCACCCAACCUGGAACACAGAGCAGGACAUCUCCAGCCCUACCUGCACACCCCUCACCUACAUGGGGGCAUCCCUCCUCUGCAGUGCUCUGAAAUGCCCACGAUUACAGAAAGCCAAGCAUUGUGGCAGUACCUGUGAGCAGCUAGGUCAGGCUGGCUCAAUCCCAUACCCCACCCCAGGAACAACAGCACCAGAUAUGGUAGUUCAGAGAGAAACAUCUGGCUGCUUCCCAGAGGCGGGCUGGAGUGGACUCGCCUAGCAUGGACAGGUCAGUUGGCCAAUCCAGUAGAACAAGCAAAAGGUGACAAUGACUUGGAUCUCAGCACUGCUGAGGUCAGGGACAUUGGUUACAUUCAGUCAUUGACUCAGACAGAGGUGCAGUAAAAGCCCUUGGAAUC